AGUACAGGUGACUGUUAAAGUACACAUUUAUCUUCGAAGGGGGGAACUAAAAUCUUGUAAAUUGUGGCUUUGUUUCUUACAAACGAUAUUUUCUCACCCAUAGGAAUAAUGACGUUCACGCCACGGUUUUCUCGUGAGAAUUCUGACUUUGCUUUGUGAGAUAUUGCCAGCAAGCUUUUGUGCCGAAUUGACACUCGGAAUUCCCAUAGGAAGUAACCGGAGGUCACGACCACCAUCAGCAUCAUGUCCGGUUACACCCACCAGGCCCCCUACCCGGAGACGCAACACGGGGGCCAAUCAGUGGCCCCCUAUCCCGCAUUUCAGGGUGGCUAUGGGGAACCUGUUCAAGCCCCCGCUCCAGGCUUCAACAUGAACUACAACCAAGGUCCACCUCCUGUCAUGUUUCAACCGGGACCCAUGGGGGCAGCCCCCCCUUACGGCGGGUCACCUGGGGCCGUUACGCCUGCACCGGCCCCGGCUGCCGUAGUCCCCAUUGGGGUACCGCCAGGGCUUGAAUACCUCACUCAGAUCGACCAGAUUCUGAUCCAUCAGAAAGUGGAACUCCUGGAAGCGUUCCUCGGCUUUGAGACCAACAACCAGUACGAGAUCAAGAACAGCCUUGGCCAGAAGAUCUACAAAGCCAAGGAGAAGAACGACUGCUGCACGCGCAACUGCUGCGGCUCGCUGCGCAGCUUUGACAUGAAGAUCAAAGACAACGCAGACCGCGAGGUCAUCCGCCUCAUCAGGCCCUUACGCUGUGCUUCCUGCUGGUGUCCGUGCUGCUUGCAAGAGAUGGAAGUGCAGGCACCGCCGGGCACCACUGUGGGUUUCGUCAAGCAGGACUGGCACCCGUACCUCCCGCGCUUCUCCAUCCAGGGGCCCAACAAAGAGACUCUGAUGAAAUUGGAGGGGCCCUGCUUCGCCUGCAACUGCUGCGGGGAUGUCAACUUUGAGCUGACGGGAAAAGAUGGCGGUCAGCCAAUCGGGCGCAUCAGCAAGCAGUGGAGCGGCCUCUUGAAGGAAGUCUUCACCGACACGGACAACUUUGGCAUCCAGUUCCCUCUGGACCUGGAUGUGAAAAUGAAAGCCGUCCUCCUGGGCGCCUGCUUCCUCAUUGAUUUCAUGUUCUUCGAGAAAGUGGGCGAGGCCAACCAGCGCAGCUCCGUCUUCUCCUAAGACAGCAAAUUUCUGUCCGACCGCCACUUUUCCCACUCCAAUUGCGAGAUCCAAUUUGCGUAUGUUGGGUCAAAUAUGACCACAUGACUGAAGUGGUCAACAUGUGUCGCACAAGCGGGGUUUUCCGCAAACACAAUAUGGACUAUAUGUCAAUAAAUGCCGAUUAAC